GUCGACGGAGCUCUGGAGAAGGGAGGAACUUCCUGUCCCGCGCGCGCACAACUUCCGGCAGAGCCGGAAGACCCUCUCUUUCGCUGUUUGAGAGGCUCCCGGCUCAAGGACCGGGAGGUGAGAGGUUUGGGAGUGUUCCGACGACUCCGGGGUGUCUGGUCCACGACCUAUCCUAGGCGCCAUGGGUGUGAUAGGUAUACAGCUGGUUGUUACCAUGGUGAUGGCCAGUGUCAUGCAGAAGAUUAUACCUCACUAUUCUCUUGCUCGAUGGCUACUCUGUAAUGGCAGUUUGAGGUGGUAUCAACAUCCUACAGAAGAAGAAUUAAGAAUUCUUGCAGGGAAACAGCAAAAAGGGAAAAGCAAAAAAGAUAGGAAAUAUAAUGGUCACAUUGAAAGUAAGCCAUUAACCAUUCCAAAGGAUAUUGACCUUCAUCUAGAAACAAAAUCAGUUACAGAAGUGGAUACUUUAGCAUUGCAUUACUUUCCAGAAUACCAAUGGCUGGUGGAUUUCACAGUGGCUGCUACAGUUGUGUAUCUGGUAACUGAAGUCUACUACAAUUUUAUGAAGCCUACACAGGAAAUGAAUAUCAGCUUAGUCUGGUGCCUGCUUGUUUUGUCUUUUGCAAUCAAAGUUCUAUUUUCAUUAACUACACACUAUUUUAAAGUAGAAGAUGGUGGUGAAAGAUCUGUUUGUGUCACCUUUGGAUUUUUUUUCUUUGUCAAAGCAAUGGCAGUAUUGAUUGUAACAGAAAAUUAUCUGGAAUUUGGACUUGAAACAGGGUUUACAAAUUUUUCAGACAGUGCGAUGCAGUUUCUUGAAAAGCAGGGUUUAGAAUCUCAGAGUCCUGUUUCAAAACUUACUUUCAAAUUUUUCCUGGCUAUUUUCUGUUCACUCAUUGGGGCUUUUUUGACAUUUCCUGGAUUACGGCUGGCUCAAAUGCAUCUGGAUGCCCUGAAUUUGGCAACAGAAAAAAUUACACAAACAUUACUUCAUAUCAACUUCCUGGCGCCUUUAUUUAUGGUUCUGCUCUGGGUAAAACCAAUCACCAAAGACUACAUUAUGAACCCACCACUGGGUAAAGAAAGUAUCCCUUUAAUGACAGAAGCCACAUUUGAUACUCUGCGACUCUGGUUAAUAAUCCUGCUGUGUGCUUUGCGGUUGGCCAUGAUGCGUAGUCACCUGCAAGCUUAUUUAAAUUUAGCCCAAAAAUGUGUGGAUCAGAUGAAGAAAGAAGCAGGGCGAAUAAGUACGGUUGAGCUACAGAAAAUGGUGGCUCGAGUCUUUUAUUAUCUUUGUGUCAUUGCACUGCAGUAUGUGGCGCCUCUGGUAAUGCUGCUUCACACAACUCUGCUUUUGAAAACACUAGGUAAUCAUUCCUGGGGUAUUUAUCCAGAAUCUAUCUCUACCUUACCAGCGGAUAAUAGUCUACUUUCCAAUUCUGUUUACUCUGAAUUGCCAUCAGCUGAAGGGAAGAUGAAGGUAACUGUUACGCAAAUAACAGUGGCACUGAGCAGCUUAAAAAAUAUUUUUACUCCUCUUCUUUUUCGAGGACUUCUGUCUUUUCUGACCUGGUGGAUUGCUGCUUGCCUCUUUUCUACAAGCCUUUUUGGGCUUUUCUAUCACCAGUAUCUGACUGUGGCAUGAAUCUCAGUUAACAAAAAAGCAUAUCCAAAUCACACUUUAAAUUCAAAUAUUUGUGCCCUUAAAGGGCUGAUGAAAACCAGAAGAAAGCAAAUAUAAUGGGAAAAAAAAAAAAAAACAUAUCAGAAUGUCUUGUAUUAAAUGUUUCCUCUGUAUUCUCAGGGUGAAUUAAUGUUGUAAUAUUUAAAAUUACAAAAUAGAUUGUUAACUGUUACACUGUGGCAUUGGAAUUUUAACUCUUUGUAUUUACUGGUAGGAGAGGGCUAUCUACAAGGGUAAUAUUUCUGAUUACCCUGGUUUACAGAAACCUCCAGCUGUCUUUGAAACAUCUCACAUGACUCUAGUUACUGAUUGCUUUUAAUGGUAUUAUGGUACUGUUGAUAGUCAUAGUGGCUGCCUAUAGAACAAUCUUCAAACUGAGCCAUGCUUUAGGGGAGGGAAAGGGGCUAAAGUCUCUUCUGUUGGUAAUAUAUUAGUUACUCUUGAAACAAUAAAAUCCAACAGAAAGGAAGAGAUAGCUACUGUAUAUUACAGUAAAGAAAGCUGCAUAGUUAUUUUAAAUUUAAUGGAGAUGAAUAUGGUUAAAAUAUAUAACUACUGCUGCUUGAGAAUAGCAAGAGUAUUGUUUUAAAACAUAUUCUACCCAACUUGAGAGUUCUUUUAAAAUGACUGGCCAUAUGAACAUUUGUAAUCUUGCCAUUAGGCUUGGACCUGCCAUAUUUUAUUUUAUUCUACGAUCCUAAAUAGUUCCUUUUAAUAGGCUAAAAAUAUUUAUCAAUACUGAUCAGACUUUAAAGAAAUUACUUUGUAAACCUGCUGACUACCUGUAUGUAUUGUAUAUAUAUUAUAUAUUAAAUAUAUAAUAUAUUGAGAUUAUAAAAGAUGAAAAUAUUGAAUCCUUAUAAUAUUUUAAGUUGCAGAAUGUAUGUUAAAAAGUGACUUGAAUGAGAUGUAUUUGUAUCUAGAAAUUUUAUUUCUUUUUGGAAUGAGAUUAAAAUACAUUUUGAAAGUUCA